AUGCCGCCUCCAAAACCCGCCUUCCUCAAGUCGCUGACACUGCCGGUUAUCUGUGCACCUAUGUUCCUUGUCUCUGGAACUAGGCUUGUCAUCAACGCUUGCAAGCAAGGCAUCGUGGGGACGUUUCCAGCGUUAAACACCCGGAACGACGAGAUUCUCGACGAUUGGUUGACGGAAAUAAGAGAGUCGCUGAGACAAGCUAAGGAAGAGCGAGCACAAGCUCGAAAUCUGCCGCCACCGGCGCCCUAUGGCGUCAACUUGAUUGUUCACAAAACGAAUAAGCGGUUGAGUCAAAAUUUGGAUAGGAUAGUGAAACACCAGGUUCCACUAGUUAUUACUUCACUUGGUGCCGCGCGAGAUGUAGUCGAUGCGGUCCAUUCGUACGGUGGUGCAGUUUUCCACGAUGUUACGAACGUUCGACAUGCACAGAAGGCUGCGGAGGCCGGCGUUGAUGGAUUGAUUGCAGUUUGCGCAGGCGCUGGUGGUCAUGCAGGGGUAGCAAGCCCUUUCGCUCUGAUACCGAAACUUCGCGAGUUCUUUCCGGGAGUGAUAUGCCUUGCGGGGGCCAUAUCGGAUGGAGCGUCUAUCCGAGCCGCUCAAACCCUGGGUGCUGAUGUGGCUUACAUAGGCACACGCUUCAUUGCAACUCAGGAAAGUAUGGCCCCAGAUGCAUACAAGCAGAUGCUGCUUACUAGUAACGAAGGUCCCUCCCCGUCCUUCCUUCCGACAGUUUACACUGACAAAAUAAGUGGGGUAAAUGCCAACUUCUUGCGGAGUAGUCUUGAACGGGCGGGUCUUGAUCCAGAGAAUCCGGCCCACCCUUCACUGGGCACGGAAGACUUCAGCAAGCUUGAUCCAUCCGCAAAAGAAAGCAAGGCGUGGAGAGAUAUAUGGUCGGCAGGCCAUUCGGUCAUCAACAUUCACGAUAUUCCAACGGUAGAAACUUUGGUGGCCCGAUGGAAGGACGAAUACGCGGCUGCGAUUCGCCGAGUAAAGGACCUAUAG